CUCGACGAAGCUCUCGAUUUCACCAAAAAAACACCUGACCGCCAUGGCGCGUGAACUGGCGUCCCCACUCGCCGAGCGCGUCGCGCACGCCCUGCACCGGCCCUUACGCAGAGGCAUGAGAAGAGCUGAACAUCUCUUCUUUGUAUCGAUUUACCCAAAGAUAGACGGCCACGAUGCAGGGCUCCUCAAGCUGGCCAGGUUGGGUUUCAACCUGCUGCAGAAUCUGUACCAGAAGGAGCUCAAAGUUCUCACCAAGUGGUGGAUCGAGUUGGAUUUGCCGAGGAAGCUGUACUACGCGCGGGACAAACUGCUAGAGAACUACUUCUGGGCGAUGGGAUGCUUGUGGGAGCCCAAAUUUUCGCUGUCCAGAUACUGUUUCAUGAAGCUCAUUCCAAUUGCGUCGAUGUACGAUGACACGUUCGACGCGUAUGGAAAGCUUGAUGAGCUCGAACAGUUCACGGCCGCCAUUCACAGAUGGGAUACCAGCACGAAAGAUCUGAACACAAAUAUGAAAAUCCUGUUCGACGCGGUUAUUGAUUCCUAUGAUGACAUUCAAGAGAUCACUUCCAAUGAAUUCGGACGAUCCUACUGUUGGGAAUACGGAAAACCUGCGCUGAAGAAUGUUGUAAGGUUGUACUUGGAAGAAGCACGUUGGCUAGCCAAGGGUUAUGUGCCUACUUUGGAGGAAUACAGGCACAUUUCAUCCCUCAGCACUAUCUACCAAUGGGCAGCGUUUUCGGUAUUUUGUGGAAUGGGUGAUGAGUUAGCUCCCAAGGAACUGUUUGACUGGUUAUUCACAGAGCCUAAAAUGUUAGUAGCUUCGUCGGACCAAUGUCGUCUCAUGGAUGACAUCAUGACCCACGAGUUUGAACAGAAAAGGGGGCACGCCCCUUCGUCCGUUGAAUGUUACGUGGAACAAUAUGGCGUGUCGACACAGAAGGCAGUAGACGCAUUGAGUAACAUGGUGGAAGAGGACUGGAAGAUAAUGAAUGGGGAGUUGCUCAAUCCACCGGAUUGUGUACCUAGAAAAGUCCUCUCGAUAUUUCUUGCUUUUGCACAGAUUAUGGAUGUCCUUUACAAGGACAGUGAUGGCUACACCAACUCUGCCACCACCACUAAGGAUUUACUAACUGCUUUGCUCGUCACUCCAUUCCCCAUUUCAUCGUGAUGCUAGAUGUUGUGUGGUCACUACCAUAUCCAUAUCCUGUGGUCACUGAAGGAAUGAGAGACUCCAGAUGAAGAGCAUCCCUCGGUGUGUUUUAAUGUUGUCUGAUUGUCGAAACAUUUUGGCUAUGCUUUUCUUUCAAUAAUGUCGCAUACUCUAUGAAUAGGAGGUUGUUUAUUUGGUCAGAGUGUGGCGCGUUGGAUUUCGUUGCGUUUGUUUGCCUAUGUCGGUUGCUUUGUUGGUGUGUUGGCUUGUUCUUUGUACCUUGUCUUGGCUUCUGUUGUAUCUUCAUUGUGUAACUUUUGUUUUUUUUUUUUCUCUGUUUCGUCCUUGAUUAUCUUUCUUUUUGUUGUUUAUCUCCACUGCCAGUGAAGGGGUUUUCUUUAUACUUAUUAUUUGAUCUCUGUUUUUUAUCUCGUCAUAAAUUUUCAUCAUUCUAAAAAGAGUUAUAUGUAUAAUAUGCUCCUAAACUAUGUAAUUUUCUCAAACAUGCCCCUUAAAACACGUCAAAUCUGCCCUUCUACUAUCGAACAAUUCUUAAAUGUACACUUCCGUUAAUUUUUACCAUCUCAAUGACGUUAAACCUGGUCUAACCACUUCCGUUAAUUUUUACCCCUCUCUUGUUUCUAACCUUCUGCGUCCCCCAUUAAGACUGUUAAAGAUCAAGAUUUCCUUGGCCGGUUGGCCCCCACUCCCCGGAUUCGCGAUUCCGGUGAUACCCACAGUAGCUCCUUCUCAUUAAGCUUCUUCUGCAGGGAAAAUAAUAAAACCACGAAUCCAAUUUCACAGUUUUCAAAGGUUGGAUGGAGAACUGUACAUCAAUUAAGGCCAUUGGUAUAUUAACUUAGCGGCUACAAUAGUUCCGGAACACCGCCAACCCAUAUGUCGAAAAUCGGACAACUCAAUUAGUACGAUAUUGUCCGCUUUAGGCCUAGCCCGCACGAUUUUACUUUUGGGUCCUUUCCUAAAAGAUCUCGUACUAAUGGACUUGGUGAACACUAAUAUACAAGGGUCCCUUCCCUUGUAUUACCGAUGUGGUACUUGAAUUGUCUCAUAACAAUCCUCCCCUCAAGACAAGGACCACAAACUCUGUGUCCUCUUCUAAGCAAUUAUCUUGAUCCGCCAGACACCUUGUAUCGAUGGGCUUCUCGAUACAAGGAUUUUCCAAGACGCAAAACUCUCUUUGAUCAGCCAAAUAGACGUGGGUCUCUCCUGGAUCCACCAGACAAACGCAGAUCUCAAAUCUCGAGGUCGCCGAAUGAGGGUCCCACCAAACUGACGUUCAUCACCCUGAAUCUGUCGAAUCAGGCUCUAAUACCACUUGUUAUAACCGGGCCGCUCCGUUAGUACGAUGUUGUUCGCUUUGGGCCAAACCCGCACGGUUUUACUUUUGGGUAUCCUCCCCAAAAGACCUCGUACUAAUGAGCUUGGUGGACACUAAUAUACAAGGGUCCCUUCC